GUACCAACCUUGAUAUAGGGAUUCUUAAUACACCUUGGAAAAAUGGAAUGCUGUCUGUGGACCUUGAAUAUAAAAAUUUUUCCCAUAGAGAAAGUAUAACCUUUUUACAGGUAAAUUUCGGGAUGCUCCUCAGGAGCAAUGUGUAUAUAUACAUAAAUACAACGUAUUUCUAAUAGGCCAGUUAACUUCUAAAAAACAUUUUUAGUUGUAAUUAAAUAAACAAGUUUAAGAUAAAUAACGAUAAUAAUACAUGGUAACAAUAACGACACUGUUAACAAUGAUUGUAUCAAUUGUAAUAUCAAUAAUGACAGUGAUAAUUACAAUAAUCAAGUAAAACUAUCAAGUGUUUGGUUGUCAAUCAGUAUUGCUCUACAAGUGAUCGCUUCGUGUUAUUGUUACAAAAUUAAAGUGUUACGAGUUGUAUUUUCGUUUUUACUGAGACUUACAGUGUAAACGUCAUUACUCUAAAUUGGUAGUUAAUUUAUAAUUUGUUGUGGGGUCGGGGCGUUUAUAUCUUGUACUGUUUUUUAAAUGUCCUGUUUUAAUAAAUGUUUUAAUUCGAGUCGAAGAAAUGUGACAUUCUGACAAUUAUACACUUGGUAGUUUAAGACAUCAUAGCUUUUAUCAGUACCAAGGAAUUCAGUAUCUGUUAUUCCUAUAUUAUAAGUAUCUGCAGCUUAUAGCGAUCAUUGUUAAUUGGAUAUUUAUUCAGAAUGGCUGAUAAAAACGCUGAAAGAGAGGCUCUGCGAGGCGUUAUUCAACAAUGGAAUGCUAAUCGAUUGGACCUCUUUGAACUCUCGGAACCUAACGAGGACCUGGAAUUUCAUGGAGUCAUGCGAUUUUAUUUUCAAGAUAGUGGUCAAAAAGUGGCUACAAAAUGUAUCAGAGUUGCAUCAGAUGCUACUAGCCAAGCAGUAAUUGAAACUCUUAUUGAGAAAUUUCGUCCAGAUAUGCGAAUGCUGAGUGUCCCUGAGUAUGCACUUUAUGAAAUUCACGAAAAUGGAGAAGAACGAAAAUUGAGCCUUGAAGAGAAGCCGUUGUUAGUUCAGCUGAAUUGGCAUAUCGAUGAUCGAGAAGGUCGAUUUUUACUCCGACGAAUUGAUGAUAAAACUAAUACGGCAGGAGUAGGUUUUGGAGAAUCCACAAGUUUUCGAAGAAAAUUAAGCAAGCGAGAACGAAAACAACUGAAAAGACAAGAAAAAAUUUGUCGUUUAAAAACUCCUGAGCAGUGUCCUGACUCAACUUUGAUCGAUAAGAAUGGUGUCGCCGAGAAGCUUUAUGUUGAGUUACCAGAAACGAGUUUUACCAGAAGUAUAUCAAAUCCGGAAGCUGUCAUGCGCCGUCGUCGUCAGCAGAAGUUAGAAAAGAAAUUACAACAAUUCCGUAGUAAAGACGGUGGCCCAGAUACAGGUGGUACAUUGAAAAUUUAUGGAGAAGCUCUUUGUAAAGAUGUUCCGUAUAAAACAUUAUUAUUAAGCAUAAGAGAUUCGGCAGCUCAAGUUGUUAGAGAGAUGUUAUCUAAAUAUGGUCUUGAUAAAGUGGAUUCUCAGCAGUAUUGUCUAGUACAGGUAACUAGUGAAAAAAUUAAUGGCAAUACGUAUCAAGAAUAUAUUUUGGAUGAUGAUGAGUGCCCAUUGGCUAUUAUUAUGAAUUAUUCAUCAGCUCGCGGGUCAAUAAUGUUUCAUGUAAGAAGGCGACCAGCCGAUUAUGUACCAAGAAAGAGAAAGAAGAAGCCAACUGGAAAAUGGGGUGAAAUGGAUCACAAGUAUGAAGAUGAAAGAUUACCGUUCUUGUUAGAACUUAAUGCUGAUGGAACAGAUGUUCCGAAUGGUGCAGGGGUGAGGCACCGACUCUUACCAAAUGUUACAGAAGUUGGAUCUGAAACAUCUGCAGGCAGCCAAGCUGUUCAUAAUCAAACUUUAACUCUCUGUGGUCCUACAGUUAUGCCUCGUCACUGCGUUAUUGCUUUCACUGAGAAUAUUGUAACUUUAACACCGGCCUCUAGAGAUGCUUACACUUAUGUGAAUAAUCAAAGAAUUCAUCAGACUACAAUUCUUCAGAAUGGAGCUGUCAUCAAAUUUGGUCGGCUGCACACCUUCCGAUUUAUUGAUCCUGCUCCGGAAGAUCGAAUCAGGCAGUAUCAUGACUCAAAUAAGCAAACGGAAUACAGCCGGGAUCGAUCAGAAACCAACUCACCAAAUGAUGGUCAAUGUUCGACUUCGCCAAGUCCAAUAAAAUCGCAUAUCGCAAACAUUUGCUCGAAAAACACCGCACAUAGUUCACUCUUUCUAGAAGGCACUCAUAAUUAUGAAACAACCUUUGAUUUAGAUGGAAAUGUUGAAACUGCGAGUCUCACAAGUAGCAGGGAUAGUAAUAGGCUCUCACAACAGUAUGAUCGUCAACCUAGAGGUACAGACCCAAUUUUACCCGCAGUAUUAGAGUUCCUCGAAGAAACUGAAGAAACAUUCUUUCACGCCGUUAUUACCGAUGUUGAACCAUCAUCACUACAAUUUAAACUUGCACCAACGUAUACUCUUUAUCUUGCUGCUAGAUAUAGGGCAAGUACACAUUAUAGAUCUGAAUUGCAACCAACUGAAAGAGCACAUCGAUUGACCGUAAUGCUAGCAAAUGUGGCUACUAUGAUACAACUUAUUAUACAAGAACGUUAUAUGGAUGCACCAUCUUUAGCUUUAUGGCUUUCAAAUGGAUCAGAGUUUCUUCAUUUUCUUAAAAAUGACCGUCACAUAGGUGCUUUUUCUACUCGAGCACAAGAUAUUUUAGUAGAUGCUGUUCAAACCGCUUUUGGAUCGCUGAUAAAUUGCGUAUCCUUAGAACUUAAUCCAGCGAUGUCUCAAUUCAUGGCGGAUGCUGAUGAGCCAGCAAGAGAGGCCGGUGUCUUACAAAUAUUUUCUAACACAAUGGCUUUACUUCGACGGUAUAGAGUAAAUGCAGCUUUGACUAUUCAACUGUUUAGUCAUCUGUUUCACGCCAUCAAUGCAACCGCUUUCAAUAUACUGAUAUCAAAUAAUAAUCUCUGUGUACGAUGGUUUGGUCGUCGGCUCAAAGCUCGGUUGAAUGCGAUUGAAACUUGGGCUGAAAGACAAGGUCUAGAACUUGCUAGUCAGUGUCAUCUUGCUACGAUAAUGCAAGCUACUCAUUUACUACAAGCACCAAAAUAUAAUACUGAAGAACUUGCUACUCUCAGUUCAACUUGUUUGAAACUCAAUUCUUUACAAGUUCGAGCACUGCUUCAAAAAUAUCAACCAACAGCAGACGAACCACGGUUGACUGCCGAAUUAAUAGAAAAUGUUGUAAAAGUUAUUGAAAAUGUGACUGAUACACUUAUUAGAGCCGAUGGAAGAGAAAUAAGAUUAGAGGAGGAACCAACUUUAGCAUUAGCACUUCUGUUACCCGAAGAUGGUUAUAGCUGCGAAAUUAUCAAAGGUGUUCCGCAAGGUCUUGAUGAAUUUCUCGCUCCUCUUCAGCGUGAUGGUAUAUGCAAAAUAGCUCCUCAAUUAACCAGCAGUGGAUACUGGACAAUUUACAUGAUUGAUCAUCAUAACAAUUUUCGCAGCCCAAGCUCCAUGAGUAAUCGGUCCAGUGGUUAUGCAGGCCAUGUUUUUUCGAGUCACGGUCAACCCGAAAUCCAAAUUAUCAAGUUGCAGAAAUCGACCAAUGGAAUGGGUCUGAGUAUUGUUGCAGCAAAGGGAGCAGGUCAAGAUCGAUUGGGCAUAUAUAUCAAAAGCGUAGUUUCAGCUGGAGCUGCAGAGAUUGAUGGGCGGUUAACAGCUGGUGACCAGUUACUUAAAGUUGAUGGGCAAAGUUUAGUCGGAAUCACUCAAGAAAAGGCAGCAGAAUAUCUUGUACGGACUGGACCUAUUGUAACACUAGAAGUCGCUAAACAGGGUGCCAUCUACCAUGGUUUAGCUACUCUAUUAUCUCAACCAUCACCUGUUAUAAGUAGAGCGCAUAAGGCACGGCCGAAAUCAGAAUAUACUGAAGUAUCUCAAGUACCUGAUAUAAGUCAACCGUCAACGUCACAUUCAAUGGGAAAUUUAAUAUCAGCAUCGAAAGAAUCAAGUUUUCUACAACAUCCGGUUGAUUGGCAUCCUGACUCAGAAAACAUUUUACCUGGACCACGACGUAUGAGUGAACGUGAUAUUCCGUCACGGUUUCGUCAUGAACCUGAUUCUCAACAAAUCCACAGUAGCAAAUCUGUUCCUGCUUUACACAGUGUUGAAACAGACAAUAAACAAUUACAACCGCAGCUAUGUCAACACGAAGUGUUCAACCCGGGGUAUAGCAGAACUUCAUCUAGCAAUAGUACUACACCGCCAGUUCAACCACCUCCAAUGCCUACUAUGAAUGGAGUUCCAUCUUUGAGAUCGCGAUCAAGUAACAACCUUCUUGACCCAACAAAAAUUAGUCACUUGCCUUUAUCUGGUUUGAUGAAUCGUCAGCGAUCUUCUCCAAAUUUAAAUCCGAGCCAAUCAUUUGGAAACGCUUUAAAUAAUAUUCAGAAUAAUGAAGCUGAGAGAUUCUAUCAGAAUUUAAGUAUCUACCGACAUCAAGAUCCAACAGCAAAACAGAUGGGCCCUUAUCAAACAUCCAUUGAUCGAAAUCCAAUAUAUACCCAAAAAAAUCCAAAAGGCUCACAAAAUUCAUUAAAUCGUACGGUACUGGAUGCUAAUCAAGGGAAAGAUCGCCCCGUCUCAGCAUAUAUUUCUCAAGAUCAACAAAUUAAUUACAAUGCUAAUCAAAUUCAACAACAAGGAUUAAAAUCACAAUCAUCAAGAGAUAUAAUACGACAAGAGGCAAAGUUACAGGAAAUGAAGGAGGAAGUACGACGUCGUGAGUUAAGGGCAGGUACAAUUUCGAUUAAUCAAUAUCGACCAAAUUCUUAUAAUGUUCGCCCUACUACUGCUCAAGCCAAUGUAACUAUGUACAAACAAGCAGGUUUAAUACCAAGUCUUGAUUCGAAUCCUUCAAGUUAUAAUUUACGACAGGUUGCUUCGAAUCAUGGAUCCUCUGAUCCUCAAAAUAAUCCAUAUGGCGUACAUAAUAAACAACUUAUUUCAAAUCAAUAUGCUGUUAUUUCAAAGAAGAAUGAUGCAUCUUGUGCUAAUCAAAAAAUGGCUGAGAUAGACAGAGAAUACGAAUCAGAUUUUAAUCGAUCAAGAACGGAAUAUAAUCAGCAAUUAGCUCCUUACAAUAAAUCUCAAUUUGUAAAUGAUCCAAGUGACACAAGCCAUCAACGCAAUAUGAAUGAGAAUACUCUUAAUCAAAUACACAAUGAAAAUGAUAUUAAUAAAGAAACUUUACCAUUCCGUUCAGUUCUUGAAAAUGAAUAUAAAGAAAGUCACCCACCUCCGCCUCUUAAUACUUCAACUCACCCAUUAUAUACAAAGCAAAUCGAUUCAAGGUAUACCGCAAGUAUGCAAGAUACUCCAAUGAGUAGUUACUAUUCAACCAUUAGUUCAAGUCAACAAAGUCGACAACAUCAAUAUAAUGCAACCAAUCCAUGGCAACGAGAAGAACGAGAAAAAGAACAAGCACGGCGACGAGAAGCGGCUAAAUUAUGGCGGGACCAACAAAUUGCUGAGUUAAAUUCACUCUCUCAUAGAACACAACAACAAGAGGAACAACUUCGAGCUCUCCAGUUAGAAAGAGAUUUUCAAAAAAGAGCUGAAGAAGCUGCAGCUCAACAAGAUGAUGAUGAAGAAAGUAAUGACCUUGAAAAUCACAAUACAUUGUGUGUUCAAGGAUUGCUUAAAAUGACAGCAACUCCAGAGAAAAAUUACCAAUCAAUAGAGCAAAACGUUUUGUCUCGAGCAAACGUAGCUAAUCAAUCAAUUCGAGGAACUCUUCCAUCUCAAUCAACUAGUAAUCAACUAAAGUCAUCUACUAUAUCUUUUCCUACAGUAACAUCUCAGCAAGACCAAACAAAAUUUGGAAAUAUAAAUCUACAUGACAGCUCGAAUAUAAAUUCACAGCAUAUUUUAAAUAUAAAUGAUUAUGGACAAGUUUCUAAUUCUUCGGCUUAUAAUUCACCUCUAGUAUUUGGACAACUGGCAAAUAAUUUAAAAAUUACUGCUCAACUCCAGGCGGAUGCAGAAGAAGAAAAGAAUAAAAAAAUGGACGAAUACAAAUGUGGACCAACAGAAUUUGAUGAAAGUUAUCGAAAAAACGAAGAUGAAACGAAACAAAGUCAACAUAUAUAUCAACAAAAUCAAUCAAAUCUAAAAAAUCAUCAACAUCAACUGUAUUCAGAAAUGUUGAAACUAGACAAUUUGCAUAUCAACGGUGGAAGCGAUGCCCCAGUACCUCCAGAAAGAGGUUCUAGUUACACCGUCAUGUCUCAACAAGCUGGCUUAAGAUCGUCUAAUUCAACAACAAUUUCUACUCCAAUUGGAUCUCAUCAAACUUCCAUUAAAAGAGUCUCUUUCCACGAUUCCAAUGCCAACAUUGAAAAUUUUCCAAAAAAUUCACUUUCAAUUACCUCACACAUAUCACCAUCUUUCACUAUGGGUACUAUAAAAGAAGAUCCUAAUAACUUCAUAAAUGAUGCGAAGACUUUAUUGGCAUCUCCACAAACACCUGAUGGCCCUGGCAGUCAAUUUGGUGGAAAUACUCCUGGUGUUAUUGGAGCUCAGGAGAUUUACAAAGAUCCUAGACAAAAACGUUUAGCUGAGAAGCAAAAACAACAAGAAAAUGCUCAAUCGGGUGAGGUCCCGGAAAAAUUAAGUUUUAAAGAAAAAAUGAAAAUGUUUGCAAUGGAGACUGGAGAAGAUGGCACGCCAAGAGACAAAGUGAAAAUCUCAAGAGCUCAAAGAGAAAUUGAUAAUAUUACAAGUCCUUCAGACCCAAGUGAUAAUGAUAAAAAUUGAUUUUUUUGUAGGUCAAUCGUAAAAAUAUUGACCAUUUGAACAAGAAGUAAUUAAUAAUACUAAUUAUCUGAUACUUCUAGAACAAAAAUAUAGUAUUGUAAGGAAGUAAUAAACUUCCUUAAUUAAUGACCAAUAUCUUUUAUAUCUAAUCUUUUAGAGGAAAUUUAGUUUUAUAUUUUGAUUGAUGUAUCUAAAUUCGACUAUUAUUACAAAUUUACAAAUAUUUCUUAAAUAAUAUACAAGAUGAAAAUUCAUUUAUAUUUUAUAUAAAAAAAUUUGAUCUUUAUUGUAAAUAAAACCGAUGAAUAUUUUACUUACAUCUUUAUAUGUUUAUAUUUAUAAUUAAAAUUAUUUACAUAUAAUAAUUUCACGAUCGUAUAAAGACAGUUAAAAAGUAAAUGUUUGAGCUAUCAAACAUCUUCAUAAAGCAAUCUUCAUUAUAAAGUAUUUAAAAAAUUAAUUUUGUAUUGAAUGUCUAUAAAUAUUUUUAUGUAAAAGAUAAUCUUGUGUGCAAGAAGUAAAUAUUGUAGUAUCUACUAAUAUAUUGGAUUGAAAUCCAAGCGUUAAUGAAAAAUUUUUAAUUUGAUUAGACAAAAGUUUUAACAUGAAAUACGAACACAGCAAUACUAGAUAAUAAUGAAUAUAUAUUAAUAACAUUUAUUUUUGGAAAUUCUAAUAAAGUCGAAUUGCAAU